CCACUCAGCGGGUUCCAGCCUCUUUGCUGCACAGACUACAGCGGUGAUGGCGGGCAGACAGUUUGGCUGGAGCCGGGUGGCUCUUCUCCAGCUCUUUCUUGGUGUGAACCUGAUGGUGAUGCCACCUACCCAGGCCCGGUGUCUGCGUUUCGUUACCUUGCUGUACCGACAUGGAGACCGUUCGCCAGUGAAGACAUACCCCAAGGACCCCUAUCAGGAAGACGAAUGGCCCCAGGGAUUUGGUCAGCUAACCAAGGAGGGGAUGCUACAGCACUGGGAGCUGGGCCAGGCUCUGCGACAGCGCUACCAUGACUUCCUCAACACCUCUUACCACCGGCAAGAGGUUUAUGUGCGAAGCACAGACUUUGACCGGACUCUCAUGAGUGCUGAGGCCAACCUGGCUGGACUCUUCCCUCCCGACGGGAUGCAGCGCUUUAACCCAAACAUCUCUUGGCAGCCUAUCCCCGUCCACACUGUGCCCAUUGCCGAGGACAGGCUGCUGAAGUUCCCAUUGGGCCCGUGUCCCCGUUUUGAACAGCUGCAGAACGAGACCCGGCGGACACCGGAGUAUCAGAAUGAGAGUAUUCAGAAUGCACAAUUUCUGGAUAUGGUGGCCAACGAGACAGGCCUUACGGACCUGACACUGGAGACCGUCUGGAAUGUCUACGACACACUCUUCUGUGAGCAGACACACGGGCUGGUCCUGCCGCCCUGGGCCUCGCCCCAAACCAUGCAGCGUCUGAGCCGGCUAAAGGACUUCAGCUUCCGCUUCCUCUUCGGGAUCUACGAGCAGGCAGAGAAGGCCCGGCUGCAGGGGGGAGUCCUGCUGGCUCAGAUACGGAAGAACCUGACCCUGAUGGCAACCACCUCCCAGCUCCCUAAGCUGCUGGUCUACUCUGCGCACGACACCACCCUGGUUGCUCUGCAAAUGGCGUUGGAUGUCUACAAUGGUGAACAAGCCCCCUACGCGUCCUGCCACAUAUUUGAACUGUACCAGGAAGAUACCGGGAAUUUCUCAGUGGAAAUGUACUUUCGGAAUGAGAGUAACAAGGCCCCCUGGCCACUGAUCCUGCCUGGCUGCCCUCACCGCUGCCCGCUGCAGGACUUCCUUCGCCUCACAGAGCCUGUUGUGCCCAAGGAUUGGCAGCAGGAGUGCCGGCUGGCGAGCAGUCCUGCAGACACAGAGGUGACCGUGGCCUUGGCUGUAUGUGGCUCCAUCCUCUUCCUCCUCGUAGCGCUGCUCCUCACCGUCCUCUUCCGGACGCAGGCCCAGCCUCCUGGCUACCGCCACGUUCCAGACGGGGAGGAUCACGCCUGACAACCACUCAGCCCCCUUCCCUCUGCCUCCUAGGGGAGGUGGGCUGGGCCUUGCUCCUGACUGUUGCUGCUCCCUAGCCCAUGGACAGGAGACCCUGGGUUGGGCCUCCCUCUGAUCACCCCAACCUAUGUGAACAAAUGGGGCUCAGCUUGGCCCGUGGCACCUGUCACUCAGCAUUCAUGUGCCUGAUGUUAACCAAGUACUGUGUUGGACGCUGGCUUUCUCCAAACAGGAUUUGCCUCCUCCAUGCUCCCUUCUAAGGACCUGAAAUGUAGAUGAGUAUUCAAGUUUCACUCAGGACCUAGGAUAAAAAGACUGAAGGAGUUGCUGCUUGAUCUGCUUUGCCUCUCCAUCGAGCCCUGCUCACUCUCUCUUUCAACCCAGAGUCUUUGGCAAAUGGCCCAGAGGACACAGUCUUGCCUCUCAAUGCUUAUUUUAGUGGGAAAAACUGCACAACACCGGGGGUACAAACACUGGCCACCAAGGAACCAGAUCACCCAAGAGCCAGCCAGUGAAGUUUUCCUUUGUCCAGCUGAAGCCACCAUUAACUGGAGUCAGACAUAAUGCUUCCAGCAUCUUUGUCACCCCUGCACCUUGAGCAGGUCGGAAGGAUGUGUGUACUUGGGAGGGAGUCGGGGGAGGUGGGGGGGGGGGUGAGUUGUGGUACAGAAUCAUGAAACUACUAUCCCUCUCAUCUAGGCUGGGAUCUCCUGGGAUCUGCCAGGGAUCUCCAGCUGGCAGGCUGUGAGCUGAACAGCUCCUGACUGUGGCCCAGAAUGGGGCUGAGACAGCUUCCAGAGAAUGAAGGUUUUGGACUCUUAGUGCUGUUUUCUGUGCCUUUUCUUCAUUUUGGGGACCUGAGAAGCCCUUUGACCAGGUCAGUGCUGGAAGAUCCACUCAGAAGCUCAGUUGGGUAUGGUUUUAUUGGCCAUGUGAAUAGUGAGCACAAAUCGAAAACCACUACCUGAUCCUCUGCCACUGCAUGUCAGAGAGGAGAAAGAAGAGAAGCUUGGCUCCAGGCUACAUAUAGCAAGGACCCUUGGGGCAGCUGGGGCGCCAACUCUGGAGUUUCUGGAGCUACGUCCAGAACAGCACAUGCCGUGUCCCAGUCCCAGUGCCCCUGCGCCAACCCUAAGACUCGGAUACCUCUGGCCCUUUAACACAAAGCCGCCUCUUCUCGCAGAACGUGUUCUCAUGGGGCUCCAAGCCCUUGCUUGGCCCCCACCUUCAUUAAUGUCUCUCAUUUCAGCUUCCCAGCUUCCUCCUGGCUCCAAAUGAGAAUAUGAUAACCUAGGAGGAGUGAGACCAGUCUGACUCUUACCUUCCAUUAUCAGCCUCUGAAAACUUGGGGCUGGCGUGGGGAACCUAGGACUUGGUAAGGAGAUACCAGGAAACUGGGCAGCAGCCAGGCAUUGCUGUGACCAAGACAAAGCAAGAGGGAUGGAGGGCCUAGGCCGAAGAGCCCGCUGUCCCCUGGUCAUCAUCUUUACUGACUACGACCCUGGGGUGAAUGGAGCAGCGCUAAGCUGAGGUUAGCCUGCCCUGAACCUUGGGGAGUAGGGUGGGCUUUACCAGCCUGAGAUUCACUCACCCAUCACAGAGGCCAGUGUGUCCCCCAUGGGAUUGAACUCAUUGAGCUGCAGAGACAAGGGGAUAAGCAUGAGGAGGGAAUGAAGGUACUGGGAGAAGGGCACAUGAGGAUUAAUUUCUGGUCGUUUUUGAUCCAAUAAGGUAGGGUGAAUCCCUGCUUCCUCCCAUUAUUAUUUGAGGGCCCAAGCCUCACCGACAUGAUACCAGAAGAUUCUGGGUCAUACAGCUGAUACAUCAUCUUUCCUGAGCUUCCAUCAAACACAUCGAUUGUCCUUAAUUCAUGGGAGGUACAACUUUUGAAAUUAGGAUCUGGGUAUCGGCCCACGACAAUGAGGUUGUACCGAGGAUGCCAGGUUGCCUAGGAGAUGGAGAGGCAGGUCACAAGAGUAAACACAGAACACUGUCAAGAGGGACAUCAAAAGUAUCUUUGCCACUAACAACAAUUGUUAAUACAAUUGCCAACAAUUUAAGAAUGGAGAUAAGACCCUACAUGAAACAACAAGAAUGGUUUUCAAGUGCAUGUGCAGCUACCGUUGCAAAUUUAAAAUCCCCAGCUGGCCUCCCUGACCCUUAGGACACCUUCAGGCCUUCUCUCUCCUUUGCAUUUCCUGAGAUCAUACCAACUGAUAAAUGUUUUAACAUCAGCCCGACCCAGACACGAACCAAAGAGGUAAGCCUACAACAAAGCGAAAAGCCUCUGGUAACCAAAACCAAAUAGGACCUAAUAAGUUCUGAAGUAAUCCCACUACUCUCCCUCCUCCAUCAACGUCAAUGGGUUGAGUAGAAAAUGGCUAGUGACUGAGAAAGGGGAGGACACCUGUGUUCCUCAGAUCACCCUGCUCAAAACAAAUCUGGCAGUUAUUGGAAUGACAGAACUUGAUGGGAUUUUCCCAAGAAAGCUUUUCAAGGAAGUUCUGAAGGAGAAAAGACAUGGUUAGCAGGAAGGAAGAAGUGCUACCGACAGUGGCUUGGAAAUAAGUCACAAACAAGUCACACCUGGGAUGCUGUUGGUUGGGCUGGCUGGAUACCAAGUGGGAGAUAAGGAAGGAAGGAUCAAUGGGGAACACUAACUGCUAAAGGACCCUGAUGUUACUGAGAGCUUGGAUUUGAUUUGAGGUACGUGGGGGCCACUCUACUACCAAGUAAUCACUGUUUACUGAGUACUUACUAGGCGCUAAGCAUGUUGCCACGUGCUUUAAGUAUAAGGAUUUAUCCUCACAACCACAUUGUCAGUCAGAUACUAUUAUUCGCUUUUUAUAGACCAGGAAACUGGGAUCCAAAAUUUGAGUAAUUUGCUCAAGGAUUCUAACCCCAGGGGUGUCCGCCUGCCUGAACUAUGCUAUACUGACUAAAGAAGUACAGGCAUGAGAUCUGGAGGUCUGAAGAGGGACUGUGGUUCUAGAAAAGAAUAUAUACUAGUAAAGCAGAAGGACUGGCAAGAGUUCAGACUGCUUGGGGCAUGAGCAGGAAAGAAUCACAGGACUUGACGACUGUAAGCCUUAGGGACUGAGGCUAGAGAAGCCGCUAAUGAGGGCUAAGGUUAGCUUGCAGAUCAGCUGCACACACAGGUAACUGAAACUAAGGGCAGAACAGAGGGUUAGGAUCUCAGAAAGUGCCCACAGUGAGAUCUGGGCUGCGUGGAAAAAACUCAGGGAAAUAAGCUUAUCAAAGAGACAUGAAGAAAACUCAGCAAAAUGGGAUCACAGAGCUGGACAAAAGGUGCAGAGAGAGCCAGAGAAUAAGAGACUGCUUUGUGUCAGUGCAGGAAGAGGUCUAGCAUUGAAGGCUUCUGUAUCUGCCCCUUUCUCCCCACCCUGGUAGACCUGAUCCAUCCCACGAUCACAGCUCCCUUCCCUCCAUUACUUACCUUGAUGGGUGUCAGGUGCUGGAAGUGGCGAUGAGGGUGUGGGAUCAGGCUUGGGGGACAGUCCCACUGGGAGGCAGAGUAAACCCGGAUCUCACUCUUCUGGUCAGUGGUCAGGAGCUGGGCACCGUCGGGACUGAAAUGAGCUGGCAAAGUGAAAAGCCCCUGAGCUCAGGGAACCACGGGCCCCCUGUUGUCCUGGCCGUCACAGGCCUCUUGCAGGGGCACCCUCCCUCCCUCUCCUUUCUAGAGACAGGUGGAAGGGAGGUGAAUCUGGGCUGCGAACAAAAACAUCCUAGAGGCUCAGCAGCUGAUACGAGCAGCUAGAGUCAGAAAGGCUUCAGGACUUCAGCUUGGCCGAUGCUAUCAGGGGUAUAAAGGUUUGGCCUAGUGGCUUCUACACUUUGAGGGAAAACCCCUGAAGCGGUCGGGUCAGCAGGGUCUGCAGGAAGGACGAGGUCUGGUAUAUCACACCUGCAUUGACGGGAUGCCUGUGCAGCAGCGAGUAGAGGAAGCUGGAUUUCCCUCUAACCUGGCGCAGGUCCCAGAUUUUCACUGUUUGAUCUACGGAGGCUGUGGCCAGGAACCAAUCACAGCACGGGUUCAGGGCCACGUGGGUCACUUUCUUUUUGUGCAUUCUCAGAUUCCAAAGCUGCAGAGAAGAG